AUGUUUGCCGUGCAAUCGGUGCCCAGCAGCGGCCCGCCCCGGCCGCUGAUAGCCAAUUUUUGGGAUGCGUGCCCUUUUCUGGGCGCGCGGGGUGGUGCCGAGGGAAUCCGCGGUGGCAUCGGGGACGGACGUCACGGCAGCAGCAUCGGUGGCAGCACGCGGCUCCUGCGGUGCUUCUUGUCGUUACCGUCGUCGUCGUUGUCCCCACCGUCCGCCGCAGUCGACGAUAGUCGAAACAGCCGUCGGCGUCGAAGCCGAAGUGCGAAGGAACGACACCCUGUCCACGGCGCCGUAGCGUGCCAGCAGGUGAGCAGUAGCGGUCCUACGACGGCGUCCGCCGCAGCCCCCGCGCCGGAGACUCCUCCGGGGUGGAUAGGGCGGCUCGGACUGGAUGAAGAAGAGGAGGAGGAUCUGGUUGCCGCGUUUGCGGCUCUCCCGGAGCCACCGCCACCCGCGGCUGCUGACGCAAAGCUGGUGCAGGCGACCAGGGAGUUAGUUGUGUCGAUGAAGGGGCCGAAGACGGAACACGUGAUACGGGGAAAGCCGAAGAGACGCGGAAGACCGAGAAAGAACCCUUCGUUAGUUGAGGUCAAGGAGUCUUCGGAAUCGCAACAGAGGAGGGAUGAGAAGGAGGUGACGCGGAUAGAAGCGGAGAAUCUGGCUAAUGCGAGCAAAGCAGCGAAGGCGAAAGAGCUCUUGAACGUUCCUGUGGAAGCGACCGGAAAGUCGACGACGGAGGAAAGGGGCCGGUGGAUCCAGGAGCGGCUGCUCCUCAAUGACGCGACAUUGGCGAAGAUGAUGGAGUUCUAUCCACAGUGUUUAAGUUACCGGAUUGUGGAAAACCUCGAGCCGAAGCUGGAAUGGUUGCAGAAGGAGUUGGGUCUGGAUGACCAGGCCCUGGGCAAGAUGAUAUCGACAGCUCCGGUGAUCCUCGGGCUAAGCGUCGAGGCGAACCUCAAGCCCAAGCUGAAAUGGAUGAAGGACACCCUUGGCCUGGACAAGAAGGCCUCGACGAGACUCGUGAUGGCUGUGCCCUCUGUUCUGGUACUCCUGCAGGACACCCUGGACAAGAAACUCGCGUUCUUGCGCGGCGAGGAACUCAACCUGUCCGAUGUUGAGGUGAAGCGCAUCGUUAGGAACUCGCCGUCGUUCUUCACCUUCAGCGUGGAGGAAAAUAUGAGGCCAAAGCUGGCCUGGCUCCGAGAGCGGAUGGGGUUGGACGCGAUCGGGAUCCGGAAGUUGGUUGGUCGGAGCCCUCGCGUCUUGGCGCUCAAGGUGGAGACCAUUGAACGGAAGCUUAUGUGGCUAGAGGGCCGACUAGGCACGGACAGGGAAAGGGUAAAAAGAGUGGUGAUGACCUUCCCUCCAAUCCUGAGCAUGGCCCUGGACACCAUGGACUGGAAGAUUGUGUGGCUGCAGAAGCGCCUCAGCCUGACCCAAGAACAGCUUAUUACGGUGAUUGUGAAGUACCCAAACCUCCUGGCGUACAGCGUCGAGGACAACAUAGAGCCAACCCUCACGUGGUUGGAAGAGGAUUUAGGCCUGGACGCGGCCGUCGCGGGGAUGUUGGUGGUGCGACAACCGCGGCUCCUCAGCGCAAACCUCGAGCACAACUUGAAGAACAAGGUGCCGUGGAUGGUAGAAACCCUGAACCUACCCAGAGACGUCAUCCUGAGAGUCAUCACCAGCUACCCGGAUCUCCUGAACCUGAGCACCGAGAAAAAUCUGGGGCCCACGAUACAAUUUUUUUACGACGAGAUGGGUGCCUCAAAGGAAGAGGUCUCGGAGGUGGUGGCCAGAGGUGGGAAGGCCCUCCUGUACAGCCUGGAGAAGCGCUGGAAGCCGCGCGUCGCGAGAAUCAGAGCCAAGGGGGUUACACCGUGUUUCCAUGACCACUGGAAGCCUAUCGCGAACCGGAGUCCCGCCAAGUUUGAUGAGUGGCUGACCACGCUACAGUAGAGCCUGGGGAAAUGGAUGGCUGGUGUGGCAAAGACACCAACCUUUUGUAAGCAUCUCACAAGUUUGCGGUAUGCCUAUCUUUGUGCACAGCAGUGCCGAAUCCGUGCGCAUCCAUUCCAACGUAACGCGAACGUGGUGCACGCGUGCUCUUCUUCAGUCGGGAGAGGAACUGCGCCGGGAAGGAAUUGUUUCCGUCACAAUAUUUGUGUUCCCUGGAACCAAGAAUGGGGGUAUUUUCGGUGGAGGCAGGAGUAGGUGGCUCGGGCCAUCUGUUCUCCU